CAGAGAGAGAGAGAGGGGACGAGAGAGUAAUGUUCUAUAAAAAGCUUUAGUGAGGGGGAGGAAGGUGGUCCACAGAGUUCUAAUGAAAUAAUGAAGUGAGUUCCACACACUGAGCUGGAGCGAGGCUGAGGUGGGUGAUGGAUCCUCUCCUCGGCGAUGAGAGCGGAAGACGCAGGUGAAUGAAGACUAGCAUCAGCGUUCCAUCACAGAUGCCCACCACUGUGCCUGAGGACCGUCCAGCAAUAGAUUACAACCUGUGACCUUUUUGUCAUCCCAAAAACUGCCCAUGGAUCUUUACCCCAAAGACCCAUAUGCCCCCGAUGACCCGCCAGUGGAUAACGACUGCUUCCCGGACCUGGAGUGCGCCGUGUGCUUCAGCCAGUUCAACAAUGUCUUCAACACGCCUAAGAUGCUUGAAUGCAAGCACACCUUCUGCCUUGAGUGCCUCGCCCGCAUGAAUGUCAAAUCCUCUCAGCCCGAAACCAUACAGUGCCCACUCUGUCGGGCGUACACCCCCUUACCCGCCCUGGGCCUGCCCAAGCUGGCUACGGACCCUGCGGUACUGUCCUACCUACCGGAGGCCAUGCAGCGCGUCUACAGCAUCCGCUUCAACCGGGACCGGGGGAAGCUACAGGUAAAGCGAGCACCCAGCUCGGUGCCGCCCUGCCCGGGCGAAUCCCGCCACAGCGUGGACCUCGGGGUGCCCGUUGACUCUGAGGACAGUGACAGGAGGAGCCAAAGUGGUUCGUUCUGCACUAGGCUGAUACGGAUGCCCCUCUGCAAGGGGCUCUUCAUGGCUUCCGGAGUGCUUAUAAUGGUCUCGCUCACCAUCGGCAUCGUCAUCAUCCUGUCUCAGAAUAAGAAGCAGUGA